GGAGUGGCUCAGGCCCUUGACUGUGGGAGGGGCAGGUGGCUUGGUUAGCAGCCCGGGCUGCCUGCUUGGCUCCAGUUCUUGUCUGUGGCUAUUUCCUGCUUAAGGAUGUGGUGGUGGGGGCUGGAGGAGGGCAAACAGACCUCUGCUGUCCAUCUUGACUCCUCUGGCCUAAAGUAGAGGACAGGAUGAGGGGAAGAAAGCAUUGGCUAAGGCUCAUCUGUUCCCAUGUAUGUCUUUGGGGGUUAAAACUACCAUAGAUAUCAGCAUCUGGCCUGUGACCUGGAAGACUGAGCUACUGCCCCUCCCCAGGACUGACCAGUGACUGGCCGAGCAUCUACUCAGACCCUCCCACCUUCUGGGCCUGGACAGAAACACUACAGGCCAGCCAAGGAUGGGGGAGGCCAAGCAAUAGAGCAGUUCAGUAGGCGGGGCACAGACCCUGCCCACAGCUCCGUGAUGUCAGCGGGUGCUGGCAGGGAGAGGGGGUCGGCCGCGGCUGUUUUUCUGGAAAGUUAGAGCUGAGUAAGACAAAGCCCAGCGCGGUCCCUGCAGACGCCAUGGAACUGCUGUCCUGUGUCUUGCUGUGGAAACUGAUGCUUCUUCAGAGUCCCGCACUCAUUCUGUCCUCAGGGUCAGUGUCUGAGUCCGUGGUGAAAUGGCAAGCCGGAACCCAGGCGGUGCUGAGAUGCCAGAGCCCGCGCAUGGUGUGGACCCAAGACCGGCUGCAUGACCGCCAGCGCGUGGUCCACUGGGACCUCAGCGGUGUCCCCGGCAGCCAAGGGCGCCGACUCGUGGAUAUGUACUCGGCGGGCGAAGAGCGCGUGUACGAGCCGCGCGACCACGGCCGCCUCCUGCUGUCGCCAUCUGCCUUCCACGACGGCAACUUCUCACUGCUCAUCCGCGCGGUGGAGGAAGGUGACGAAGGGGUAUACACCUGCAACUUGCACCACCACUACUGUCACCUCUACGAGAGCCUGGCGGUGCGCCUCAAGGUCACCGACGAUCCCCAGUUAGCUCGAGCGUACUGGGACGGCAAGACGGAAGUGAUGGUGGUGGCCCGCGGCAUGCCGGCCCUGAUGACUUGUGUGAACCGUGAGCACUUGUGGACUGACCGCCACUUAGAGGAGGCGCAGCAGGUGGUCCAUUGGGACCGACAGCUACCUGGGGUACCACACGACCGCGCUGACCGCCUACUUGAUUUGUACGCAUCUGGUGAACGCCGUGCCUACGGGCCAUCCUUCCUGCGAGAUCGCGUGGCAGUGAAAGCCGAUGCUUUUGCACGCGGCGACUUUUCCCUACGCAUAGAUGCCCUGGAGCCGGCUGAUGAAGGCAUCUAUUCCUGCCACCUGCACCACCACUACUGCGGCCUGCACGAGCGCCGGGUCUUCCACCUACAGGUCAUCGAACCCACCUUUGAGCCACCUGCUCCUGCCUCUCCCGGUAAUGGGUCAGGCCACAACAGCGCUCCUGGCCCAGAUCCCACACUGGUAAGUAGAUCCCGAGGCCACAGCGUCAUCAACGUCAUUGUCCCAGAGAGCCACGCACAUUUCUUCCAGCAACUGGGUUAUGUGUUGGCCACGCUGCUGCUCUUCAUCUUGCUGCUCAUCACUGUAGUCUUGGCUACACGCCAUCGUGGAGGAUGCGAGGCCUCUGACAAAAAAGCUGGGAAAUCAAAGGGGAAAGAUGUGAACAUGAUGGAGUUUGCUGUGGCCACAAGGGACCAGGCUCCUUAUAGGACUGAGGACAUCCAGCUAGGAGAGGGCUGAGCUGAACCACAGUCCUCUUCCUGCCAAGAAUGUGGAUCUGGAUAAAGGUGAGCAGUGGAGGGAGACCCCAUCACCCAUCCCUUCAUCCCACAAGUGACUUUGUGAGCUCACAGGACCCUGUGGAUAGGAGACUCCUGCCAUCUUUUCUGAGAAGGGCUUGGGAAGUCAUGCCAAAUGUCUUCCCUGACUUUUCCACUGGGACUAAGGGACAGAGAGUAGACAUUAGCCAUUUUCUUGGCUUCCAGAGUUCAGGAAGGAGUACUGCAAAUAAAUGGAUUCUGAGCUUCUGGCUGGGCCAGCAGCUCUGUGUCAAAGAAUGUCUUCCUGACCCUCCUGUGGCACUCUGGCUUCUUCUCAGCGGCUGGUCCCGCUUGGCCUGAACUUGGCAGAGCAGCUGCCUGCACUUUGUUCUUCCAAGAAUCACCCUCAUCUUGGUGAGCAACUGUGGGUUCCCUAGGGAUUCUGGCAUAGUAUGGUUGCUGCCCUUCAAUCACCUGUACCCACUGGUGGCCAUACCUCCAACUUUGACACAACAGACAUAGAUCCCUUGUUAAUGUACACCAAAUGCACAGUCUCUCGUGGAUUCUUCCUGCUAGGGUCAAGAAGACACUUAAAGGUAGUCCAGUUAAGACUGCUACUCACAAGUUCAACAUAUUAGCCGUCUUGGGAAGCCCCCAGGGUCUUCCUGAACUGCACCAUGUUUAUGCAUUGCACAGGGCCCUGUGGUCAUAUGUUCUGACUCAUGGGCUGGCCCUCCUUACUGCUUUGGGCCACUUGGAGCUGGCCUGUUGCCCAUUUUCUGCUUCUGAUCCCUUUUUGCUGAACGCCUUCCAAGAGUUACACCAGCAGUUACUGGGCACAAUGUCACUCUUGGCCUUGACACCUCUCCCUUUGCUGGAGUCUGGGAUUGGGGCUCCAUUUGUCCUCCAUUUUGGCUGAAGAUGGGGGAAGAGAGUUCUGAGUGGCCUGUGCUGCCACAUCAAACAGCUCCUACUGGGAGAAUUUUCAUGUCAUAAUAAAAAAACACAUCUGAUUUUUA